AUGUCAAGGAGACCAGUGUUGGAAGAAGUCAACGACGAUGAUAUCGAUAACCUCGAUAUGGACCUUGCCCAGUUCGACCCAAGCUUGAAAACACCCGUGGCUCCAAGGAGACCCGAACCCACCAUAGUCAGAUCACAAGACCAGAACCCCGAACCAGCAGGAUUAUCGGGUGUAUUUCCAGGGAUGCCCAAUUUCAGCAAUGUCCCUCCUCCUCCGCAACCUUCUUCGAAAGUCGGCGCUCACAAACAGGCCAACAUCAUUGACCCCAACGCUUUCACCGAGGACCAAAAGGCCCAUUUUCGGAAAUUUCAAAUCUUAUACCCAUGCUAUUUCGACCUUAAUCGAUCUCAUAAACAGGGGAGAAGAGUCAGCAUUGAUCGCGCUGUGGAAAACCCGCUCGCAAAGACCAUCAGUGAUGCGUGCCGGCAUCUACAAGUACCAGUGUUGUUGGAGUUGGACAAGACCCACCCGCAGGAUUUCGGUAACCCCGGCCGAGUCCGCGUGUUGUUGAAAGAUGAAGAAGACGGCGGCAAGCCCCUCUUUGAGCGCUUCAAUAAUAAAAAGAGGUUUAUGAAUGAGAUAGCCAACUAUUUGGCUGACCACCCUACGGACUUGGAUAGCAUUGGCGUCAAGAGCGGCAUCGCCAUGCCUCAGGAUUUCCAGCAAAACUUUACCCCGGAGGAGAUUCCCAAAGUUAAAGGGUUCAAGAUGAAUACAAUUGUGCCCGUCCAUUCUAGUUUGACUUUGAAGCAUCCGAUGACGAAAAGCAUUUACGACCCUGAGCCGGCUCAAGACGCGCUAGGUUCGGGCGAGCAUAAGCCCAAUGUUCCAAAAGCGCCAAAGAAGAAGAUUAUGAAAAUUAGAGGCUGA